AUGGGCCGGCGCCAGGUGCUGGGCACGGCUGCAGCAGCCACGCUGGCUGGCCUGGCCGGAGGCAGCGGCAUUGUGGCAUCAAGCGGCGUGGCGGCGCCUCCCGCGGCCGAGGCGCUGGAGCUUGCGCCGCUGGGGCGUGUGGAGAGAGUCGGCGGCGACAAGCUGGUGGGGCUGAGCCCAGAGGAGGACAUCCUGGCGCGCAACCUCAGGGAGGGGCAGUACUUUGUGACGGGAGACCUCACACCCGAGAUCUUUGCAGACGACUGCCGGUUCAAGGACCCCACCAACGAGACCGCAGGGCUGAGCCGCUACAUGAAGGCGCUGACCCUGCUGUUUGAUGCCUCCUACUCUGCCGUGCAACUGGUGGGCAUCAGCGUGACUAGCCCCACCACCAUCGAGGCCGACUGGAAGAUGGGCGGCUACCUGCGCUUCCCCUGGCACCCGCGGGUGGAGCCAUUCCUGGGCCACACUGUGUACCACCUGAACGAGCAGGGGCUGAUCGCGCUGCAGGACCAGACCUGGUCCAUCACCGGCACCACUGCGCUUGUCGAGAGCUUCACCCCCACCGGCGGGGUCAGCACCGACAUCAAGCAGAGCAUGAGCGCGUGA